AUGGCAGCUAUACCAGUCGGGGUUGACUCCCAGAUCCCGAGUCUUGAUCGGAAUGCCCCGAGUGAUUCACUCGGGACUAUGAUAGUGGGUUAUUCGCCUUAUCUUCCCACCUUUUCUGAGGAGGCCCAAAAGGACAAGGCUAUAAAGGACCUUCAAGCGGAUUUGUCUAAGGCUCGUGAAGAAGAGGUCGAGCUUGAUAAGCAGGAGACUAUCGAUCGCCUGGCUGCGGAAAAAGAGACCAUUUUGACCAACUUAUUAUCGGCCGAUAUCCAGCUUCGAAACAUUAAGCAAAAGAGUUCGGCUCAAGUUAAGAGGGUCAAGGAACUUGAAGCCCAGCUUGCUGAGGCCAAGGCCGAGGUUGAAUUGUCAAAAAUCUUGGCGGAUAAGUCCAUUACCGUGUAUGGGCUGAUGCCGAGGCUGCUCAGAUGGAGGCACGAGAGGCGGCGGAUACUGCCGACACCCGAGCACAUUGGAUUGCCGAACAUGCCAAAUAUAGUUGUGACGGUGAAGCACGCAAGAGAUGCAUUGUGUAUCCUUCGGGUUAGCAACGUCUCUUUCGACGUUAUCGUCUCAGAUGUCCACAUGCCUGAUAUGAAUGGCUUUGAACUUCAACAAGUGAUUGCCCAAGAAUUUGAUAUUCCUGUUGUUUUUAUGUCAGCUGAUGAUAGAGAUAGUAUGGUGUUGGAAGGACUAGAGCGUGGAGCUGUAUUUUUCUUACCGAAGCCCAUAUCACCAGAUGAUCUACGAGAUAUAUGGCAGUAUGCUGCCUUGGCAAAGAAGAAUAAGGGGAAAGGCAAAUCAGUUGUUAUUGAAGAAAUUCAAGAAAAUAACAGUUCAAGCAAAAGUUCCAGCGGCUUACCCAAAAGCCCUCAUGAAAAUGUCGAGUCUUCGUCAUCGAUCAACGUCGAAAAAGGCAAUAAAGAAGGCAAGAAGGAAGAAUCUAAGAAGAAGUCUGCAAGAAAGCAUAAGGAGGCUGAAAAAGAAGACAGUAGCAUACCACCAAAGAAGACUAAGCUUGUUUGGACAGAUGCACUUCACAACAAAUUCUUGCAAGCAAUUAGAGAAACUGGUUUGGACAGAGCUUAUCCGAAGACAAUUCUUGAAGUCAUGGAUGUCCCAGGAUUAACAAGAGAAAAUGUCGCUAGUCAUUUGCAGAAAUAUCGUAUUUUCUUGAGGAAAGUCACCGAAGAAAGUUUCAGAGUUCAAGCUGCUGACACAAACUUAGCUAAUACUGCUACUCAAUCAACUUUUGGAUCAAAAGGGUUAAGUACAACCAGCCAACUUUCUCAAGAAAAUUCUGGAUCGCAACAGUUGUUCUUCAAGAACAACUCAUUGGCUGAGACUUCAAUUCGUGGCAGUUCAUCGUUGUCAAAUCGAUGCGCUACACCAGCUAUUACUCUGCCAGGAUAUGGAAAAGCAAAGUUGGUUUUGGACAAAGGUGAUUCAAGUAAAAUCAAAUCUAGUAAUGCAAAUCAAUUGUCCACAGCUGAAGCAGCUAAGAAUCAGACAAAGUCAUUGGUACAUGAAGAUAUUUCAACUCAGCUCCUGAAUGCUGCAAUUUCAGCGAAUCAACUUAUUACAAGAAAUUUGAACUCUCUUCAUAACAGCUAUACUGCUGAAGAACGCCAUGAGUCAAAUCAAAGUUUGGUUCAAAGGGAUUCGUUUUUGAUUGGAUUUGAAAGAGAUAAGGAAUUUGCAUCCAUGUUGACUAGUUAUCUUAAUCAGGGAGCUAAUCGUAUGCAGUUAACCCGAUUACCAAAUAAUGUAGAGACUGGAGGAAGAAGUGGUACUGUACUUGAUCAAGAUUGGUCUAGUUAUAUCAAUCAGGGAGCUACUCGUAUGCAGCUAACCCGAUUACAAAAAUAUGUCGAGACUGGAGAAGGAAGUGGUACUAUACCUGAUCAAGAUUGUGAAGGAGAAAAGCAAUCUGCAGCCUUGUGGUCUAGUUAUCUUAAUCAGGGAGCUAACAACGUGCAGUUAACUCGAUUUCCAAACAAUUUCGAGACUGGAAGAGGAAGUGGUACUAAAUCUGGUCAAGAUUGUGAAGGAGAAAAGCAAUCUGUAGCCAUGUGGUCUAGUUUUCUUAAUCAGGGAGCUAACCGCGUUAAUCAGGGAGAAAAACAAUCUGAAGUGGUCAUGUGGUCUAGCAAUCUACAGUUAACUCGAUUUUCAAACAAUUUCAAGACUGGAGGAGGAAGUGGUACUAAGCUUGGUCAAGAUUAUGACGUCUCUACGUUCGAUAAAAAUAAUGCUACAUCGUAUUCAAGUGGAAUUGGUGAUCUUACAAGCCCUUUCUACAGCCAACUGAACGUUCAACCUUUUCAUGUGAAAAACAGCAAUGAUCAGGAGGAGACAACUUUUAACUUCACAGAUGGUAACAAUCAGGACCAAGAAGCUUAUUAUACAUUGCCACUUGCUUAUACACCAGGAGAGAAUUAUCUAUAUGUGCCAUCUGGUUGA